AUGUUUAGUGCUUCAUCACCAGUAUUGCACAUUCGUAAUGUACCACCCGAAGCCACUGAAAAUGAUUUGAUUCAAUGUAUUUCACAAUAUUCCUUUGGAAAUCCAGCUGUUGCAGUAAGAUUACUUGAGAAAUAUCAACAAGCAUUGGUUGAAAUGGAUUCUGUAGACACUGCAUCUAGAGUGAUUAAAUAUGCUUUGGAAACACCGUUGCUCCUCCAUGAUCGAGAUCUCCAAGUCGGAGCGACUCAACGUCACCAACAACACCGACCGCACCAAAGACUACACCAAAUCGUUGCCAGUCAUCUUGCCACCGUACUUCCCACCCUCGAAUUCCGUUCCCACUCGUACCACCGUCCUAAUGGUGUACGGUCUCGACGAGAAUAUCAUCACAUGCGACCGUCUCUUCAACUUGCUCUGCGUCUACGGCAACAUCCAGAAGAUCAAGAUUCUGCCCAACAAGAAGGGUGCCGCCAUGGUCCAGAUGGAGGAUGCCCAACAGGCCGACACCAUCAUCAAGUACUACAAUCAGAUCUCGCUGUUCGGCCAGACCCUCUUGAUCCAGUACUCGAAGCAUCAAUCGAUCACCGACUCGCACAACCCAGAGACUCAAUCGCACAGCCGUGA